CAAUUGGACUGUGGGAUGAAGAAGGGUAAGGAACGACCGUCGACGUCCGUGGCGCCACCACCGUCCAGUGCAAAAAAGGUCGAGAAGAAGGGCCAACUUGGCGCGGCGGUGCUGGCGUCCGUCAUCGCUGCCACCCCCGUCCAUCGGGUUCCUCCCAUGGAAGACACUGAAGGGUUGGUGCUCGACACCAUCGACUGGAUCCUUGACGAGACCUUCCUGUUCCAAAUCCAAUACGAACGGCUAGAGAAACAAAUGCACUUUGGCAUCGAGGCCAUGGCGUCCAGCAUCAUCUCGACGCUUCGCAUGGGGUGCUACAUCGACUACGACGCCGUGGUCAGUGUCGAGUGUUGUGAAGACGAACCCCGCGCCGACUCGGUGGACCGACACGCGGUGCAGGCGCUGCCCAAGAAAGAAGUCAGCGCCCAUCCCCAGCGGCUCUACGAAUCCCCCAACGGCGUCCCCUUCCAACGCGCCAUCAGCCUUCGAUCCAUGUCCGAAAAGUCGUCCUUGCCGCCCCGCAACACCGCGUCUUCCGCGGCGCCCCAACCUCGACGGAGGGGGUCUGCCGCAUCCGAUACGUUCAUACCGCAAGAGCAGCCCAUGGUGUUUCGAAUCCCCGCCAAAGUCGAUUAUUUUGACAAAGAAACCAAAGCGUGGCGGAUCAAAUGCAUGACCGAACUCACGUCGAGCAAGCAGAAAAAGGCCAAGUGGGGCAAAGUGUCGGUGCUUCGACGGGCGUUGGGCCAGCGGGAGUACGACGUCACUGAGACCACCGUCGUGUGUGACACCACCACCAUCCGCGACGGUGACAACGAUCCAGAUACGAUGACAAUAGACAGCGCCCCGGUGACGACACUGGACACGGUGCGCACCAUUCCCGACGACACACCCGUGGACCAAGACACAACCCUCCUACUGCUCCAUCAACCCAGCCCAAAGGAGGACACCCCCGCAGACGACAAGCCCCCUCGGGCUCGUCGACGGCACGGCGCCGCAGAAGUCAAAACGCCUAAAAGAACGGUCAAAUCAAGCUGGUUUUACGAAAAGCUGUCGGUCAAGGGCGAGUUCAAGCAGGAAAAGGCGUAUGAGCCCCACGUGAUGGAGUUGCAGCGAGAAACGUUCGCCCAGUCCAUCGAGCUUAAUACGGGCGUGUCGCUCGUGCAGGGGGUGUCCAAGUACCUGGGCCCCAACCGACGAGAGACCAUGUCCGCCAUGUCUAGGCAGGGCUUCCAGAAUCACCUGCGAAUGGUGGUGGGGGCAUCCUCAGAUUCAAAUGGGAGGAUAUGGGAUGGCCCCAACAAAGUACAACUUCGGUCGCUCCCACCCCCGACCACCGUCAACUUGGAAGUGGACGUUUUCGACGGCUCGAACUCAAUGGCCAACCUUCGACCAGGCCCCCAACUGACAUCCCCCCGCCAUCCAUCGAUGACUAUUGACACCGCAAACACUAGAAGUAGCCCCAGCCUCAACGCCCCCAACAAUGAUAAAUACGCCUCGACACCAUCCAGAGUCAAGACACAAACGACGAGUCCAGCCGUGCGGGUGAGGGUGUCGCCCCUGCGAGCAGACACGGCCAACGCCCGUCCCCAGCCUCGCGAGCAAUACGUGACCCACGGCGACUCGGUCGGCGUGCCAGAGAUCCCGACCCAUCGGCGGCGGCCGGCCACAGCCAUCGGAGCUCUCCUUGCCAAUUCCCCUACUUCGUCCAUGGCCUCAACGUCUCCCUCCACGAAAUCCAUUUCGAAGCUCAAGUACAUUCGUGAAUUCCCAUCCCCCAAGGCAGAAGUGGUGACUGUGCUCAAAGCACCCGACGACUGCCACCGAAUGGCGUGGUUGACUUAGCCUUAGGCACAUUAUUAUGCUGACAAAUACUCACGAAAACAACUAUUUAACUUCGUGGUUGA